CAUUACUUGCGUAUAUAAUUUCUUGGCUUCUAAAACACACGGAUAUCUCUCCAAGAGAACUUUUAAAUAGAAACAUAGCAGAACGACCUGACCUAUGUUUGCGAAAAUUGAUUAUAGAACUAACCUUCCGCGUAUCAACUCCAUUAUCCGAUACUAUUGAAAGUUUGUGUGUUGUGUGACUAUAAGGGAUAUUGACCAUGAAGCAAAGCCUGGAAGUGAAGAUCAAGGCGGCUAUGUCGUUCUGUCUUGUAAUGGUGAUGGUCUCGUUCUACGUGCAAUCACCUGAUCCGGUUGUCCCUGACGCCAGCACAGUUACACAGGGUAAAGGUCAAAACUCAAUAAGUCGUUAUGAACAAACCGAAGUGAUCACUGAUAUGCCUACUAGUACGCUUGGUAGCAGUAUUACGCUCAAUACUAACGGGGGGAAAGAAGGUAACACAUCUGUAGCUUUAUCCAGCCAGCACCUGGAACACUUGGAGGUGCUUCCUGAACGGCAUAUAGCUGAUAUAGAAACCAUACACAAGUCAGGUCUUCCGCAUAUGGGAUGUUGGGUACAUAUCAUCUCGCCAGAUGGGGAUAUACUCAUGUCAGAACGAUCUAGCCAAUCGCACAUAUGUCCAAAAACUCUCAGCUCAAUGGGUGAGCACAUGAAAAUCAAUGAAACAGCCGACGCGUGUGCAUUAAGGUGUGUGCGAGAAGAAGGAGGCUUUGAUAGUAAGUGGCUCCCAGAAGACUAUGGUCUUGUACUGGAGAGCACGCGGUCGUUCUGGUUUAAUCGUACGUACCCAGCUGAUCUAACCAAGGAUAACAUUGCACGAACAGACUUGCAAUACACUUAUGAGUAUAGAUUGGUUGCUGAUAAACACAGUGACAUCGAUGAGUCAGCGAGCUUCUUCAAAGCCAAAUCAUUCACAUUGUUGGAAGAGUUGGACUCGUUCGUGUUUAUGAGUCCGAAAGAGAUAGUGUCAACACCGGUAGAUAGAUUCUGUGGAGCCAAGUUUCUCGACCUGUUGAAGAAAGUGCUUCGAGAAUAUAACAGUAGGUGAGAACUGAGUAAUCCAUUUCUGUAGCCUUGAUGAGGGCGUCAAUAGAAUUUCAGCCCUGUACAAACAAGGGUACUCUAGAGCGAAAAUAUAGUGAGUCAUCUAGGCACACUUACAACUGUAAAGUGUCCAUGUGUGCAAGUUUUUUAUUAAGGUUUGAACAGACACUUCUUUGCACAAGCGAUGGAUUCCAUAGUGAGGAUCCAGGCACACUUAAACUGGAAGUAUUCAUUUCUAGAAGCUCUAGUAUACAAC